AUGGAGUACACGUUCAGAGCAGUAACUCACAACCCUGGCAUCAUCGUCUGGCGAAUUGAGGUAAAAAUGGUGCUGGUACAAGUCCCAGAAAAAGCUCAUGGAAACUUCUAUGAGGGUGACUGCUACAUCCUACUCUCUACCCAGACAAUGGGCAGCUCUGUUUGGUAUGAUAUCCACUACUGGAUCGGCUCCCAGUCAUCUCAGGAUGAGCAGGGCGCAGCUGCUGUGUACACAAUUCAGCUUGAUGAGUUUCUGGGCUCCAGUCCAGUCCAGCAUCGAGAAGUUCAGUGUCAUGAGUCUGACACAUUCAGGGGCUACUUCAAACAGGGUAUAAUUUAUCAUAAAGGUGGAGUUGCAUCAGGCAUGAGACACACAGAAACCAACAGCUAUGACAUCGAGAGACUACUUCAUGUGAAAGGGAAGAGAAGGGUCACGGCCAUGGAGGUUGAGAUGAGCUGGCAGGGCUUUAACCUUGGAGAUGUGUUUUUGUUGGACAUUGGCAAGACCAUUAUUCAGUGGAAUGGACCGCAAAGUAACAAACAAGAAAGGCUAAAGGGCAUGCUGUUAGCUAAAGAUAUCCGAGACAGAGAAAGAGGAGGUCGAGCAGACAUAAAAAUAAUUGAAGGUGAUGCAGAGAAUAACUCCCCACAAUCCAUGGAGGUUCUGACACGCAUUCUUGGAGAAAGAACAUCUAAACUGACAACUGGACCUCCUGAUGACAAGGCUUGCCAGGACCAGAUGGUGCAGCUUUCCCUCUACCAUGUGUCAGAUGCUGAAGGUCAGAUGAAGGUCACAGAUGUUGGUACCAGGCCACUGGUUCAGGACCUCCUGAAUCAUGAUGACUGCUACAUCCUGGACCAGGGAGGACUGAAAAUCUUUGUUUGGAAGGGAAAGCAGGCAAACAAAGCAGAAAAACAGGCCGCCAUGUCCAGGGCUGUGGAGUUUAUUAAGCUGAAAAAUUAUCCAAUUACCACCAAUGUGGAAACGGUGAAUGAUGGGGCAGAAUCAGCUCUCUUCAAGCAACUGUUCCACAGCUGGACUGUCAAGGACCAGACUCAAGGUCUGGGCAGGAAAUAUACAAAGGGGAAAGUGGCAAAUGUCACACAGGAGAAAUUCGAUGCCACGCUGAUGCAUAAUAUGCCUGAGGUGGCUGCACAGGAGCGCAUGGUAGAUAAUGGCACAGGCCAGGUGGAGGUGUGGCGGAUAGAGAACCUGGAGCUUGUUCCUGUGGUUCCUCAGUGGCAUGGCUACUUUUUUGGAGGAGACUGCUACCUUAUUCUCUACACCUACAUGAUCCACAGAAAGGAGAACUACCUGCUCUAUAUAUGGCAGGGGCGUCAUGCUUCACAGGACGAGUUGGCAGCCUCAGCAUUUCAGGCUGUCGAGCUGGACCAGAAGUAUGGAGGAGAGCCAGUGCAAAUAAGAGUAGCCAUGGGAAAAGAACCGAGACACUUUAUGGCCAUGUUCAAGGGUAAAAUGGUCAUCUUUGAGGGCGGCACUUCUAGGAAGGGUGGUUCUGACCCGGAACCACCAAUAAGACUGUUCCAGAUCCACGGUUCCGACCCCUUCAACACCAAAGCCAUUGAGGUGCCGGCCCUGGCCCCUUCCCUCAACUCCAACGAUGUCUUUUUGCUGAAGAGCCAAUCAGCAAUGUAUGUUUGGUGUGGGAAGGGUUCAAGUGGAGACGAGAGGGCCAUGGCAAAGGAGAUCAGCUCUGUGAUAGGACGAAAUUGUAUCGGUGAGGAGACGGUAGCUGAGGGUCAGGAACCUACUGAAUUCUGGGAAUUGCUUGGUGGGAAAGCACCUUAUGCCAGUGAGAAGAGAUUACAACAGACUGUUUUAGACCACCCACCGCGUCUGUUUGAGUGCUCAAAUAAGACUGGCCGCUUUAUGGUAACAGAGGUGCCCCAGUUCACACAGGAUGACCUCACGCAGGAUGACGUCAUGCUACUAGACACAUGGGACCAGGUCUUUCUCUGGGUGGGUCACGAAGCCAAUGAAGUAGAGCGGAGGGAAGCGGUGGCAACCAGCCAGGAAUACCUGCGUACCCAUCCAGGGAGCAGGGACUCACACACUCCGGUCAUCUUAAUCAAGCAAGGAUAUGAACCCCCCACCUUUACCGGCUGGUUCACUGCCUGGGACCCUUACAAGUGGAGCAGAGGCAGAUCCUAUGAAGAGAUGAAGAGGGAGCUGGGAGAUGUAACAUCACCAAUUCAUGUUACAAACGAGCAGAAUUGUGUUGAGAAUGACAGCAGCUCCAACAUGUACCCACCCGAGGCUUUGAUUAACAAGCCUGCCAAUGAGCUGCCUGAGGGGGUUGACCCCACCCAUAAAGAGAAGCACCUCUCUGACCCGGACUUCAACAAGACAUUUGGGAUGUCCAGAGACGAGUUUGUGGGUCUUCCACAGUGGAAACAGUUACACAUGAAGAAAGACAAAGGCCUGUUUUGAGACGUUUCUCUCAAUGUCUGUAUUUUAUAAUAGUCCAUGUAGUUCACAUUAAAUGGGAGGUCAUCUUCACUUUCCCUAAUUCUUCAGAUGAAAUGACAAUGGUUAAUAUCUUAAAUGGUCAAAUAAUAAAUUAUGAAGUAAAAUUCUUGUGUAGAUUUGUAGACCAGAUUGUACAAUAAUGAACGGCUGCUUGUUACUGUUUAGGGACAUCCUCUAUAAAGUCUAUGUAGCGUAAUUUUGCGAAUGCUGUGUUCUGAAAACGUUCUUUCAUUAGUUUAAA